AAAAAAAAAAAUAAAAACGCAUUUUUACACUUGGGCCUGUCCUUUUCUGGUCAUGGGCCAUGGCUUGAAGCCUUCGGAUCACCUCGUCAUCGUCCAGGGGCGGCGCCGCCGGAGGUAUGGCCGUAUGGUUGGUUGUCGUGGUCCGUCGCCCUUCUUUCCGGCGGAUAAUGGAUGACGACAAAGCUCUCGUUCGCAAAAGCUCAGUUCUUAUCUCCGCCUAUAAUUUAUUUAUUUAUUUAUUUUUUAUUUAAUUUUUAUCCUCGUGCUAGUCUGAAAACUGACAAGUGAUAAUCUUAUCCCUAACUUACAAUUACUCUCUAUCCUUUUAUCAGUUCUCAAUUUUUUCCCAUUUUAGGUGUCAACAAAGUCGUUGAUUAUUUAUUUUCCAGAAGAAGCAAAAAGGGGAUGCUUCAUUAUUUUUUCUAUCUGAUAAAUUCUAGCACUGAAGUAAGGAGUGGAACAUAAAAAUGCUGAACUUACUUGAUCUUAAGGGGUGUAAUAAGGCUUUAGCCUUUUGAAUAAUUCACACUUAUUAAAUCAUGGACAAGUUGCUUAUGGAGUAGCUGGAAAUGUUGCAGAGGAUCAGAUAGACAAUAGGAGUUAUUACUGUAAAGCAGUGAAUACCACAUAUUAGAAAUUUAGAAUUGUUAUGCUUAUACAUUGGCUAUAAGUUAUUGAACUAUUCGUUCUUAUUCUGCUUUUUAUUAGUUGAUUUACUCACCAGAGGAAAAUUGGCAGUUGAAAAGUAUGCCUGCUAAUGAAAAUUGCUUAUAAGUCCAUAAUCCUACAAGGUCUGGCUUCUGGUGUAGGUUUGGACAUGGUUAUAGUUCUUUUCAGUAGUUAUGAGGUUACUGGUAAGUUACCUUUCUGAUAAUAAAUAAUGGAUACAAAGGAGAUGUUAUCAAUGUCUGUAUGGCAGGCAAGAACAAUAACAUUCCUCUAAGAAUCAUUCUGAAUGCAUCAAUUACAUUCUUUAUCCACAAAUAUAACCCUUUGCCUUUCCUUUCUCUCUAUACUAACAUUCUCAGGUCUCUGGUCAAGGAAUUCCAUAUGCAGGUGCAUUUGCUGCAGGGCAAGCCACAGACUUCAAAAUGUUUGAGACUAUAAAUCGCAAACCAUUCAUUGAUGCAUCCAAUUCUAGUGGUAUUAAGUUGGAAGACAUCAAGGAUUAAAUUGAGCUAAAAGAUGUGAAUGAAAAGAUAUGCAAAUCUUUUUCCAGGAAUCCAGGUUCUUACAUAUUUUCCAAGUACCUACUAUAGCCCUGUUUGGAUAGAUUGGAAGUAGAAGGUCAAAUGUUAUAGUUCACUGGAAAGUGGAAAUGUUUAAUUGCCAUGAUAUGGGAGGCAUACUGAUAAAUGGUAUCAAUUUUAAGAAAUUUAAGCCUCCAAUGAAUGUUUACUGGAAAGGUAAAAAAAUUGUAAGCACAAUAUGAAAGUAGGGAAAUUCUAUCAUGCCCCAUUAGUAUAAUAAUAAAUAUUGUACGGAUGGUGGCAUUUUUCUAUAUAAGUAUUUUACGGAUGGUAGCAUUAUAGUAAGUAAAUUAUUUUCCCAAUUACUCACUAUCUGCAUAUAUAGUAAUUACACUAUUACUGUAAUAAGAGAAUAAUAUUUGCCUUAAAUACCAAAACAGGCAAUCAAACUAAUAAUUAUUCUAAUACAGCAGAUCGAUAUCAAAUUUCAAAUCUGUAUCUAUAUCCAUUUCUUACUCUUCUCUUAAUCGAAAAGAAGUGAGUCAUAUUAUUAGACUUCAUGUACCGUAGUUAGAAUUGCCUAUUUACCUUUCUUGAUUAUGAUUUGUGUGUAAUAUUUGUACUUGAAUAUUAGCAAGUUACAAUUGGUACAAAUUUAAUUCAAGUUACUAAUUAAAUUGCUAUAUAAAUUUAUUUUCCUUUCCGGGCAUUAAACCUGAGUUGCAAUUCUAGUACUAUAUUUUUCCUCUAAUUUCCAUUUUUGAUGUGUUUUAAAAUUUUUCUAUAUAUGAUCAAUUGAAUGGUUUCUAUCCAUUAAUGCUCAACAAUAUUUAUGAUUGAUAAUCUUGCGAAUUACGGAGUAUUCAAUUGAAAGUAAUGCACAUUGCACAAUGACGAUGAAUUAAAUGCAUUGUUAAUGUUUUACUCCUUUUGCCUAUAAAUAUUAUUGUAGUUAUUUCCUAUUGCUAUUAAGUUCAAAAACGAAAGGAUAGUAGGAAAAUUAGUAGUCUCACAAACAAGAUGAGCACUGAGGAUGGAGAAAAAUCAAGGAAAACCUUUGAUCAGAAAGGAGCUGAAGAUCAAAGUGUCCCAUUGUUCAAACUUUUCUCAUUUGCAGAUAGGUUUGAUGUUUCUGUAAUGAUCAUUGGAACAGGAGCUUCCAUGGCCAAUGGGUUGACACAACCAUUCAUGUCCAUCAUCUUUGGUGAGCUAAUAAAUUCUUUUGCCAAGGUGGAUCAAUCACAUGUUGUUCAUACAGUCUCAAAGGUCUGCUUUGAUUUUGUGUGCCUUUCUAUUUAUGCGGGCAUUGCUUCAGUUUUACAAAUGUUGUGUUGGACAAUUAUUGGAGAAAGGCAAGCUGCCCGUAUGAGGGGAUUGUAUUUGAAAGCAAUUCUAAGACAGGAUAUUGCCUUCUUUGACACUGAAAUGUCAACUGGAGAGGUGAUUGGUAGAAUGUCUGGUGAUAUCAUUCUCAUUCAACAAGCAAUGGGUGUAAAGGUUGGGAAAUUCAUCCAAUAUAUCUCAACCUUCCUUGGAAGCUUCAUAAUUGCUUUCAUAAAAGGACGGCUUCUCUCGUUAGUUCUAUCUUGUUGUCUUUCUGCGUAUGCCAUUCCUGGAGGAAUCAUGGCGCUGAUCAACUCUAAGGUGUCAAGUCGCAUGCGAGUUGUUUAUUCACGAGCUGCAAAUGUGGUAGGACAGACAAUAGGAGCAAUUAGAAUGGUUGCUUCCUUCACUGGAGAAAAACAAGCGAUAGAUAAGUACAACAACAACAUUAAAAUUGCUUACAGAUAUAAAAUUCUACAAGGUCUGGCUUCUGGUGGAGGAGCUGGUGCUCUAUUACUUGUAGUGUUCAGUACUUAUGGACUCGCCUUUUGGUACGGCAGCAGGCUGAUAUUAGAUAAAGGAUACAACGGGAGAGAUGUAGUCAGUGCCCUUGCCGCCAUUAUGAUUGGAGGAAUGGCACUAGGCCAAAUAUCCUCGUAUCUAAGUGCAUUUGCAGCAGGGCAACUUGCGGCUUAUAAAAUAUUUGAGACAAUAAACCGCACACCACAAAUUGAUGCAUCUGAUAUGAGAGGUAUCGAGCUGGAUGACAUGAUAGGUGAAAUUGAACUAAGAGAUGUGUAUUUUAGGUAUCCAGCAAGGCCAGAUGUGCAAAUCUUUUCUGGAUUAUCAAUGCACAUCCCAAAUUGCCAAACUGUAGCUCUGGUAGGUCAAAGUGGAAGCGGCAAGUCGAGUGUCAUAAGUUUACUGGAAAGAUUUUAUGAUCCUAAUGCGGGAGAAGUACUGAUAGAUGGCAUCAAUAUAAAGAGAUUCAAGCUCAAAUGGCUAAGAGAAAAAAUGGGAUUAGUGAGUCAGGAACCUAUCUUAUUUGCAACUACCCUAAAAGAGAAUAUAGCCUAUGGUAAGGAAAAUGCUACUGAUUUGGAGAUACGAACAGCCUUACAAAUUGCUAAUGCUGCCAACUUCAUUGAUGAACUUCCCAAGGGGCUUGAUACCAUGGUUGGUGAGCAUGGAAUGCAGUUAUCAGAUGAACAAAAACAAAGAGUAGCAAUUGCUAGGGCAAUUCUAAAGAAUCCAAAGAUUCUCCUCCUUGAUGAAGCCACAAGUGCUUUGGAUUUAGAAUCAGAACAAAUGGUGCAAGAUGCACUCAACAAUCUUAUAUCAAACAGAACAACUGUGGUUAUCGCUCAUCGUUUGACAACUAUACGUAAUGCUGACCUCAUAGCUGUACUGCAAUCUGGAAAACUUGUGGAGCAAGGAACUCAUGAUGAAUUGAUGCAAGAUUCUAAUGGGGCAUAUACCAAACUAGUCCAAAUGCAACAAGAAAGUAAGCAAAAACACAAUACACAACAAGUGGUUUCACUUGAGAGGGGAAGGACUAUGAUGGAUUCAGAUGAGUUUACUUGGUCAUCGAGCCAGAGAAUAUCUGCAGCAAUGAGAAGAUCAGUGAGCUUUUCAUCAUCAAGACAUUCUAUCACAUUUGGCUAUGUGAUACCUGGUCUAAUUAACAUUUGGGAACCUGAAACCAGAAAUGGUUGUGAAAAUGAAGAAGAAGCAUAUGAAAACAGUAGGGAGGAACAGAAAAUUACUUCUAUUAAGCGGCUUGCUGCUCUAAACAGACCAGAACUUCCAUGUUUGGUGCUGGGAGUAAUAGUCGCAUGUAUUCAAGGGGCAAUUUACCCUGUAUUUGGAUUCAUUAUCUCCAUGGCUAUUAAAGCUUUGUUUGAACCACCAUUAAAGAUGAUUAAAGAUUCCAGAUUUUGGGCACUCAUGUGUCUUUCCCUAGGUCUAGUUACUUUCCUAGUUUUACCUAUCCAGAAUUUCUUUUUUGGAAUUGCGGGAGGGAAAUUAAUUCAAAGAAUUCAGUCCUUGGCAUUCAAGAAGGUAAUCUACCAAGACAUCAGCUGGUUCGACGAUCCUACAAACUCAAGCGAUGCAGUUUGGGCUAGAUUAUCUACUGAUGCUUCCACUGUUCGGUGCCUUGUAGGCGACGCCUUAGCACUACUUGUCCAAAGCAUUGCUGCUGUGCUAUCAGCCCUGAUUAUAGCCUUUGAGGCCAAUUGGGCUUUAGCACUCAUAAUUGUUUGUGUUUUGCCAUUAAUGUCUGCAGAUUUGCUAGUGCAAACGUGGUUGUCCAAUGGAUCCAGUGUGGAUCCUAAGGUUAUGUACAAAGAAGCAAGUCAAAUUGCAAGUGAAGCAAUUGGUGGUAUAAGAACUGUGGCAUCUUUUUGUGCGGAAGAGAAAGUGAUGGCAAUGUAUCUGAAGAAAUGUGAAGUCCCGGUGACGCAGGGAGUUCAUGCUGGCAUUAUCAGUGGAGUAGGUUUUGCUUUUGGUUCUCUGGCAUUUUAUCUUGCAAAUGCCUUCUUUUUCUACAUUGGAGCUGUUCUGGUUCAACAUGACAAAGCAACAUUUUCCGAAGUCUUAAAGGUUUUCUAUGCAAUGACAACAUUAGGUCUCGGAGUUUCUCAAGCAUAUGAAAUGGCUCCAGAUGUAAACAAAGCUAAGGACUCUGCUGCUUCUAUAUUUGCCAUGCUCGAUAGAAGACCCAAGAUUGACUCUAGUAGCAAACAAGGCAAGAUUUUACCUAUUGUUUGGGGAGAGAUCGAGUUUGAACAUGUGAGCUUCAAGUAUCCAACUUGCCCUGAUAUCCAAAUCUUCAAGGACUUAAACCUGAAAAUUCCUGCUGGAAAGGUAUGUGCUCUCGUUGGCGAGAGUGGAAGUGGUAAAUCAACGGUGAUUAGCUUAAUUGAAAGGUUCUAUGAUCCCGAGUCUGGAGUAGUAUUAUUGGAUGGGGUUCCUCUUAGGGAACUAAAGCUAAGUUGGCUAAGGCAACAGAUGGGGCUAGUGAGCCGAGAAUCAGUACUCUUCAACGAGUCAGUUCGUGACAAUAUUGCGUAUGGCAAACAGGGGACUGUAACCGAAGAUGAGAUUGUUAAGGCAGCGAAAAUGGCAAAUGCCCACAGAUUCAUUUGCUCGUUGCCUCGAAGCUAUGACACUCGUGUAGGAGAAAGAGGAACACAACUCUCGGACGGCCAAAAGCAAAGAAUUGCAAUUGCAAGGGCAAUCUUGAAAAAUCCAGAAAUCCUUUUACUGGAUGAUGUUACAAGCGGACUGGAACCCGUCUGUGAAGACAUGGUACAAGAGGCGUUGGACCGGGUGAUGGUGAGCCGAACCACUGUUAUGGUUGCGCAUCGCCUAGCCACGGUAAGACGGGCCCAUUCAAUUGCGGUUAUCAAGAACGGAGUGAUUGCUGAAGAGGGAAGUCAUGAGGUGCUAAUGAAUAUUGAGAAUGGAGUUUAUGCUUCAUUGGUCUCCCAUCAUAUAGGUACAACUUAAUCAGAAUAUGUCUCUCUUGCUUUCUAAGAUCUCUUCAAACACAUUUGAACAACUAUACUCUUGGAAUAACAUCCCUAGAAACACCAGUUACUAUUUUGGGAAUCUUAGCAUUUGUUUGUAUGUGUUGGAGGAUUUAUAAUUGUCUUAUUACAAUCUUUUGGGGAUUAAAAUACAUUCUGCAUUUCAUGAAA